AUGGAAGACUCAGAAGUCAGAGCUGAUCACCCGGACUCUAUCGCCUCGCAAGAGUCCUCCCACAAGUCCAACGACAAGAAGAAGAGCCGCAGACCAGCCAACACCGCGUUCCGGCAACAACGCUUGAAGGCAUGGCAGCCAAUCCUCACACCCAAGACGGUGCUUCCGUUGUUCUUCACGAUUGGCAUCAUCUUCGCGCCGAUAGGAGGACUGCUGCUUUAUGCGAGCGCCAAAGUCCAAGAAAUUAGGCUCGAUUACACCAACUGCUAUGCUGAUGCACCGAACAAUACCUUCGCUCCGAUGAAAAGCUCCGAUGUCUCUACUGCAUUCAAGACUUCAAACUCCUCUGUUGCCGCGCAAUGGUCCAGAUCAUACUCAAAUGUCACAUACAACGACGUCGUAAUUCCGACAACCAAAUGCCAUUUGCAAUUCCACAUCCCAGAGAAUAUGGGCCCGCCGGUACUCUUCUACUACCACCUGACAAACUUCUACCAGAACCAUCGGCGAUAUGUCAACAGUUUCUACGACAAGCAACUUAAGGGAACCCCAGUCUCAUCUGCUGAUGUGAGUGGUUCAAGUUGCACGCCUCUGGAGAUUGACAAGGACACCAACAAGCCUUACUACCCUUGCGGCUUGAUUGCCAACUCAUGGUUCAACGACACGUUCACCAGCCCUCUUCUUCUCAGUACACAAAACUCUAAUGCGUUCAACGAGACGUACUUCAUGAAGAACGACAGUGGCAUUGCUUGGGGCUCCGACAAGGACUUAUACGGCAAUCUCCCAGAUGAGACAUCUCUGGACUCCAUCAUGCCUCCACCGAACUGGAGAGUCAAGUACCCAGAUGGCUAUACCAAGACGAACCCUCCGCCCAGUCUGGCUGAUAACGAGGCUUUCAUGGUGUGGAUGCGGACGGCUGGCUUGCCUUCUUUCAGCAAGCUGUAUCAGAGAAAUGAUACCACGUCCAUGAAGGAAGGCUAUUACCAGAUCGACAUUGAUCAUUAUUUCCCUUCAGACAAGUACAAGGGCACCAAGUCCAUCAUUAUCACGACUCGAACGGUCAUGGGCGGCCGAAAUCCGUUCCUUGGUAUUGCCUACGUCGUUGUAGGAGGCAUAUGUAUCCUCCUCGGCGCCGUUUUCACCGUGACCCAUCUCAUCAAGCCAAGAAAACUCGGUGACCACACAUACCUGUCCUGGAACAAUGCUCCAGCUGGCAAGCAACCCGGCGGUCCCUCCGGCGCCGUCGCCACUGGCCGAGAUCUUGGCCGACCCGGUGAGGCCUAG